GGGAAGGGAUGUCUGCGUUCCACGGGGCGAACUUUUUACGCGAUCACAAUUUUCCUACGUGAAACACUGAAUGGUCAGCGUUUAAUAGAAUUUCGACUCGGCACGGAAGCCGAGUCAGAGCAUGGCCUGUCUGUCGCUGAGGCAGAAUUGAUGGUCAGGGCAGAGACAGCGCCAAGAGCGCGUCGCUUGAGGUACACUCUGUGGGCAUUCACUGUUCAUGGGAAUAGUACUGUUGGGGAAAUGGCUGGUGCUACAGAAGUAGGAGGGUUAACGGGUGGUGGUCGUGGUUGGCAAAGACUGGAUGUAACAUCAGUAGCACGCCGAUGGGCUGCGGGAGGAGCGCGGGAGCCUCUGCGGUUGUUACUCGACUGCAGUGGAUGCGCCGGUCGCGUGCGCCUGCGACUGGGCGGCGCGGCGUCAGCGCGGCCCCUGUUGCGACUGCGACUGGCACCUCACGCUCCUCGUCGUCGCCGAGCCCUAGAUUGCGAUGCUGCCGGCCAUGGGCGCUGUUGUCGACAGACGUACUACGUGAGCUUCCGCGCACUCGGAUGGGAUGACUGGAUCGUCGCACCCGAGGGCUAUUAUGCCAAUUAUUGCCGCGGGGCGUGUGAGCCAUUCCUCAAUUAUCACUCGCAGGUCGUAGAAGCAGCUCGCCUGGAGCGCGCCGCGUGUUGUGCACCGGUGCGCUUCUCUGCGCUGUCGCUCAUCUACUUUGGCGCCGACUCGAACAUCAUUAAACGCGACCUGCCCGAGAUGGUUGUGGAAGAGUGCGACUGCCCAUAGCGGCCUGUAAAUAGCCUACGCCGCCCGCCCCGCUCCCUGCUUUGCCGCUCGAAUCCGAUUUAAUCAGAAUCGAUUAUAAAUAAUAUUCUCGACUUGUGUAACAUUUUGUUCCUCGCGUUCAAAGACUAUAUCCUAAAUCAAAUGGUGACACGCAGACGACUCGCGUCGGCGGAUAUUGUGCUUUGGACAUUUAUCGCGCUAUUAUAUCGCAGGCGUGGUUACGAGGUCCGUUGUUUGAGCUAAAGUUCGACAACAUGCCAAAUUGCCUUGUAUCCGCGUCUGUGAUGAAAAGUAAGCGACGCACGCCAUGUCACGCCGACGCGACUCGUUUGUUUCGAGCCUAAAUAAUUUAAUAUGCCGUUUUCUUUCACCGCGUUUGGUGAUCGCUUGUAAUUAUUGUAAACUGUAUUAUAAUAAUUAUUAUAAUUAUAUUAAUAAUAAAUCAACUUUUUCAUAAUUA